AUGGGGAAGAAGUCUGAGCCGGUUAUUACCAAGUGCAAUAAGAGCGAGAACUGGACGAAAGUCACUUUCAAACCAGAUUUGGGGAAAUUCAACAUGACUCAUCUAGGAGACGAUGGGGUUGCUCUAAUGAGUAAAAGAGUAUUCGAUAUUGCUGGAUGUUUGGGAAAGACUGUGAAGGUGGAGCUGAAUGAUAAACGAGUCUCAAUCAAAUCGUUCAGUGAUUAUGUUGAUUUGUAUCUAACUGCAGCAAAUAAAUCAAGGGCUGACGACCCUCUUCCAAGGUGUGAUCGCGCAAAAGCUAUGGACAUUCUAGUCAAGGACCUGAAGGUGUUUGCAGGCUUUAAUGAAGAUCUCUUCAAGGAAAUCACCCUUCUUUUGACACUGGAUGACUUUAGAGCCAAUGAGCAGCUCUCCAAAUCCAGGGAUACAAAGUCGGCAAGGGCUAUUAUGUUUGGUGAGCUAAAGAAGCUAAUAGAGGGAAUGACUUACAUGAACCAAAAUAAUCCAAAGGUUUGGGUCGCUGUUACUGGGGCUAAACGGUUCACUUUUGAGGGUCAUGAAGCUCCUGUAUUAUCUGUUUAUCCUCACUACAACACAAAUCCUUUGACAACUAUUCAUAUAGAUGGUGGCUUACUGGUAAUAUUACUGAGUGACCAAAUCCUCACGAAUGAUGAUGGAAUUAGGUUGCUGAGAACGGCAGAAAAUCGCUCGUUUAGCCCUGCACCCGCCAUGAAGGUUCCUACAACAGCUGUUGCUGCAGAGGGAGCUAGGGCUGCAUUGAGAAUGUUAGGAACGGUGCUCGGUUUUUACCCUCUUAAGGUGCUUCCUUCCAAAACUGCCAUUGCACCUGUUAACCCGACUUUCCUCCCGAGGAUUACUCAAACUGACUUGAAAGACUUCUUUGAAAUGCUUUGUGGAGAGGUUCAUCGUCUAAGGCUUGGAGACUAUCAUCACCAAACCCGCAUUGCUUUUGGUGAGUAUGCAAUGUAUGAAGUAGAUACUUGCUUGCUUAUACACAACAGAAAUCUCACAUAG